UGUCAGUGAUUGUCGAACUGAAAGUAGUCCCUUUAUUAGUGUUAUAUUACUACGCAAGACAGACAAUGCUUAUUGGUUCCUUCAAACGCGAUAAAAUUAAGAGUAUUUUCAAAACUACAUAAACGUCUCAGUUCAAAAUGUCUGAUAAUUCAAAGGAGGAAAUAGUAAUGGAUGAUGCAAAUAAAAUUAAUAAUGCAUUUUCUGCUGAUUUAUUAGAUGUUUUUAUUGAUGAAUGUGAAAUAAAUGAAGAAGUAAGACAAAUAAAACAUGAAGCAAAUUGUAUAAAGGGAACUGAUAAAAUUGUUACAUUACUUAAAGCUGUUACUUUCGUCGAUUUAACUUCCUUAAAGGGUGAUGAUACAGCUGCUACAAUUGAGAAAUUAUGCAAAAAAGCUUUAAAUCCUAUUGAUCAAUUAAAGUUUAAUUGGGAUGAACCACUACGUACAGCAGCUGUAUGUGUUUAUCCAUUAAGAAUACAAGAUGCUAUAAAAGUGUUACAAAAUAGCGAUGAAAAGCAUAACAUUUCUGUAGCUUCUGUAGCUGCAGGAUUUCCCUCUGGUCAAUAUCCUUUGCAAACACGUCUCGGGGAAAUAUAUUAUGCAGUGAAAACCGGAGCUAAAGAAAUUGAUGUCGUUAUUAAUCGGCCUUUGGCUUUAGAACAUAAAUGGGAAGAUCUAUAUAACGAAUUAAGAACAAUGCGCGAAGCAUGUAAUACAACAUGUAUGAAAACGAUACUUGCUACAGGAGAACUACCUGAUUACUGUAAUGUAUAUAAAGCUUCAAUGGUAGCUAUGAUGGCUGGCAGUGAUUUUAUUAAAACAUCUACUGGAAAAGAAAGUGUAAAUGCCACUUUACCUGUCGGGAUAGUUAUGUGUAGAGCUAUAAAAGAUUACUAUGCGCAGACAGGGAGAAAAAUUGGAUUUAAGCCAGCUGGAGGUAUUAAAACCUCAUCAGAUAUCUUAGAAUGGAUGACAUUAAUUAAUAAAGAAUUGGGUGAUUCAUGGUUAAAUAAAAAAUUAUUUAGAAUUGGUGCAUCCAGCGUACUGGAUAGUAUUGCUAAUGAAAUUAAUUGUACAAUCAGCUGUGAUGACAAAUAAUGAAUGAGUACAUUUUAUAUUUUUUAGAAAGUGUUAUUUUAUAUAAUUUUAUAUUAUAAUAAACUCAGACGAAUUUAUUAUAAAUUA